AUGACCUUGAUUGAUACAUCUCAUUCAUUCCCCGGAUCCAACUGAAACCUACAGUGGGCUGUGCUAGUGUCAACUAACUCCUUGCGGAGUAGUUUUGCUCCAUAUAUCCAUGACUUCAUGUCUAGCUGUCAGAAUCAGAUUCACUGAUCAGCCAUGACCUUUUCGGAUAUUAGGGGUCGAUUGAUGUGGAGUAGACGCUCGCAUACCAAAUCGCGCAAUGGCUGUCAGCAGUGUAAACUGCGUCGCAUCAAGUGCGAUGAACAACCUCCCCAAUGCUCCAACUGCGCCCGCAGACAAAUCGAAUGCGAUCUGACUCAUCGUCGUCCAUCCCCGGCGUUUUCAGCGUCAGCAUCAACACCAUCAUCAGCAACAACCUCCUUCAACAACCCCCCAACUCCUUCCCCGUCCACAUUAACAGCAGCAUCAACAUCAUCAGCCCUCGACAUCCCCGACCUUGAACUCCUCCACCACUACACAACAGUCACCUACAAGACCCUCCCCUCCGGCGCCUCCUCAGACCAACACGCCCUCUGGCAAUCCCAAGUCGUCCAACUAGGCUUCCACCAUGAAUUCCUCCUCCGCGGCAUCCUCUCCGUCUCAGCCCUCCACCUCCUCUAUCUCCAUCCGGACCGCCAGGAAUCGCUCUCCCUCCGUGCCUCAACGCACCAAUCCCUCGCCCUCUCCUCGGUCCAGGAAGCGCUAAACACAGUCGACACUUCGAAUUGCGUCGCUCUCUUCGCUUUCUCAUGCAUUAUUGUCGUUCUGGCUUUCGCUACGCCUCGCACCCUCGACUCUGACCCCUCCACUACCAAUGGCAGCAUCAACAAAGACAUCCUAGACUGGUUCCACAUGAUCCGCGGCUGCAACUCCGUCGUCCAAGCCCAAUGGCCCACCCUCUCAACCUCCUUCCUAGCUCCCCUCUUACACAGAGGCAUGCGCCACGAAACAACAGCCUCCCACUCCAUCCCCGACUCCUCAAAGAUAACCUCCCUGCACAAUCUCCUCCUCCCCUCCUCCACCAAUCCCUCAGUCAUCCUCCCAGACGCACACCGCACAGCCUGCGCCCUCGCAAUCCACGAACUCCUCAACACACAUACCCAAAUCUCGCUCCUCACCUCGCGAGGCCAGGACUUUAUCCCCGAGAUUUUUGUCUGGCCGAUUGCGAUUCCCGAUGGGUUUUUAGGAUUGCUGAGGGAGAGACAGCCGCAGGCGAUGGUGAUUUUUGCGUAUUAUGCGGCGUUGUUGCAUAGGGUUGAUGGGUUGUGGUUUAUGCGGGGGUGGGCGAGGUAUUUGAUUGAGCAUAUUGAUGAGUUGCUGGGUGAGGAGUGGACGAGUUGGUUGGCGUGGCCUAAGAGUUGUGCUGGGUUGGAUUGACUACGUAUAAAGAUAAGAGUAUAAGUAUAGUAUCACAAGUAG